AUGCUGUACACGACAUCACUAAUGAGGACAGUGUGCAAGCCAUCGCUAAUGAGGACACUGUAUAUGACAUCGCUAACGAGGACACUGUACAAGGCAUUGCUAACGAGGACGCUGUACACAACAUCGCUAAUGAGGACACCAUAUAAGACAUCACCAAUGAGGAUGCUGUAUAUGACAUCGCUAAUGACACCCACAAGGCAUGCUAACGAGGACGCUGUAGACGACAUUGCUUAUAAGGACACCGUACAAGACAUCGCUAACCAGGACGCUGUAUACGACAUCGCUAAUGAGGACGUUGUAUAUGACAUCGCUAAUGAGGAUGCUUUACAAGACAUAGCUAAUGAGGUUGCUGUAUAUGACAUCGCUAAUGAGGACAUUGUAUAUGACAUCGCUAAUGAGGACGCUCUAUACGACAUCACUAAUGAGGAUGCUGUAUACAACAUCGCUAAUGAGGACGCUGUAUAUGGCAUCGCUAAUGAGGAUGCUGUAUACGAAUUCGCUAAUAAGGACGCUGUAUAUGACAUUGCUAAUGAGGACACUGUACAAGACAUCUGUAAAAAAGAAGAUGCUGCCAAUGAGCCAUUGACACUGGAGAAUGAUACGUACCCUGAAAUAACUCACUUCCUGAGGAAAAAGCGCCAUCUCUAG